CGUAAUCAACCGAUCAGUUGUAAAGCAUUAUGAUUAUUUGCUCUGUGCUAUAUUAGGUAAUAAAAAAAUACAGUAAUAAUUAUGGGUAAAAAAGAUAAAAAAGUAAUAAGUAAGAAAGAGGAAACGAAAAAGGAUGCAGUGAAAAAGAAAAACAGCGGUUUCAAUAUUUUACCAUUUAUUCUUCCCACACUGGCAUUGGUAUUAGCGUAUCCAUCUUAUCAUGUGUACCAACAUAUAGUAACAGUACCUGAGGUACCACAAUUGGACUUGGACUACUGGUGGGGGCCCAAUGAUACCAGAAGUAACCAGAACAAGGAAAUCAGGCCUUUCAGGGUAGUCUUCGGUGAUGGAAUGUUACAAGAUCUACGAAUGAGAUUCGAUUCGUAUCGAGCUGAAACAAAGAAGGUGAAGAGUCUCCAGGACGCAGCAUGGACUUACGGUGUACACUCAGAGGCUUUUGCCCAAUUCUUUUCCAAUUGGAUCUUUCAGUACAAACCUGAAGAACGAGUAGGGUUUCUGAAUCAGUUUAAUCACUUUAAAACUAAUAUACAAGGCCUAGAUAUUCAUUUUCUACACGUGAAGCCGAAGGUCAAGGAAGGCGUGAAGGUUUAUCCGCUGUUACUUUUACAUGGUUGGCCUAGCUCUGUACGGGAGUUCUAUGAGGCUAUCCCAUUAUUGACCAACAUUAGAGAAGGAUACGAUUUCGUUUUUGAAGUUAUUGUGCCCAGUUUACCUGGAUUUGUUUAUUCACAAGCACCAGUCAGGCCAGGUUUGAGUCCAACACAAAUUUCUAUAGUAAUGAGGAAUCUAAUGAAACGGCUUGGUUUUACGAAAUACUACAUACAAGGUGGAGAUUUUGGUCAUAGUAUUGGUUCAGGAAUAGCUACGCUGUUUCCAAAUGAAGUUCUUGGAUACCACACCAAUUUGCCAGCCCACUUUGAUAAUAAGGCGUAUGUGGCUUGGGCUUUGGGAGCUGUUUGGAAAAAAAUUGUGGAAAAUGUCCAAUGCCCAUUGAAAGAUGGAGUUGAAUUCUUCUUAGAAGAAUUUGGUUAUUUACAUUUGCAGUCGACCAAACCUGAUACCAUUGGUAUAGCAUUGCAGGAUUCUCCGCCUGGUCUUGCAGCGUAUAUAAUCGACAGGGUGAUGAUAUUUACCGAUGCUAAUAACAAAAACGUAGAGGACGGUGGUCUAUCAAAGUACUACGACCAUACCAAAUUGUUAGAUAACAUCAUGCUGUAUUGGGCGUCUGGUUGUAUCACCACUUCAAUAAGGUUGUACAAGGAGAGUGUUGCCAAUGUUGAGUUUGAACAAACUGUGACUAAGAUACCUACAAUAGUGCCAACAUGGAUUCUUCGGCUUAAAAAUGAGUUAGUGUCCCAUCCAGAAUUCAUCCUCAAGUGGAAAUAUACCAAUCUUAUUGGCUCCACCACUCUGGACUACGGUGGACAUUUUGCGGCUUUAGAAUUGCCCGAAGAUUAUGCGGCUGAUGUAUUCAAAGCCGUGAAGAGUUUUGUGCAAUUUAAAAAUAAACAAAAUGCGUUAUAAAUGAGGAGAGAUUGUUUUUAGUAGUUUUAUUUUGAAGCCAUUAGCGGGAAGUAUAAAACAGUUGUAUUAAUUCGAAGGCAAUUAGAAGUGUUGUAUUGA